AUGGACAGUCACCUCAUUGCUGGGGCAUAUUCCCAGCAAUUUCGACAAACAGAUGAUAUUUCACUUGACAGUGACAGAGUGGAAGCUAUUAAUAAAGCCAAGAGACUUUCCCAGGAGACGAACAGAAGGAGGAAACUUCAAGCACACAAGAGACAACUGCAAGCCAAAAGAGAAGAGCAACGUAGAUAUGACAUUCUGACGAGACGGAGAGAAGAACAAAGACAAGCUACUGAAAAAUAUCAGAGAUAUCACUUACCACCAAGUGCAAGACAGAAUUAUAGACCAGGGUCGAGAACAUUCGGUGGAACAACACUGGACACAGCUCUGCAGUUGAUAAGAGGAGGAAUCCUGCAUCAAAAUCGCCCUAUGUCAUCACACGAGAGAUUUUUGUCACUAGCUGAUGAAAAUGUUGAUCUUUUGGAGUCAUCUUUUAAUAAGCUUAGACCACAUUCUACACGACCAGGAUCAGGUCGAUUCACUCAACAACUUGAUGCAAAAGAAAGAGCAGAACUAAUGAACUACAGCAAACAAAAUUUGACGGCAAGCAAAAGUUUAUUUGAACAACAGUUGGAGCAGCAACAAAGUUUUCUUCUUGAGCAAAAACAAUCCCUGCAGGAAUUUAACAAUGCUGUUAAUAAUGAAAUUUUUGGAGGAAAGGCAUUUGGAGCAACAGGUCCUCAGUAUGAUGAUAAUAAUAAUGACGCUGUAGAAAAGGGAGAAGAUGCCUACCUUAGUGAUAGCUGUUCCAGUGUUGACAGCCUGGAUGAUCACACAUCAGCCGACUUGCACAGUUACACAAGUAACAAAACUAAACUUGUAACAUCACAGUCAGGACAUACAACUGUUUAUAUCUACCAUGAUGCUGAAAGUGACAGAAAAGUAAAUAAUGAAUACCCGAGUUUAUCUCAACAGAAACAGAAACAGGAACUAGCAAAGCAGAAUCUAGAUCCUAAAUUGGAACAACAGCAGCAGCAACAGCAGCAGCAGCAACAACAACAACAGCAACAUAUGACACUUUUAGCAUUGUCUAGUGAACCGGAAGAUCAAAAUAAUUUACAACACAAACAUGUGGACCCAUUUACAUUAUCUCAUAAAAAUGGAUCUUUGCUAGAUGGUGCAAAAAAUGAAAUAGGGCCGAUUUCAAAUUCAUCAACUUAUAUAAAACAAAACCAGAGUAUGCCAAAUGCUGCUGUAACAAGUGACAACAAUGGAAGUAAUAAAAUGAAAAGUGGAGAUCAUAAAGUGGAGGAGAACUACCAACCAUCACUCCAACAGUUUUCAUCAGACUCAUUGAAUUCUGGUAGUUCUAGCAGUAUUAAAUCUGUGCUGAAACUCAAGGGCAUAGAUAGGGAAACACCAAAAACUAAUGAUAACAUAUACUUACAAAGCACUGGAAAUGGAAGUAAUUUCUCCAAGUCUAACAUAAAUAAUAAUCGUAUCCCAGUAACUCUGGGAAUAAGUCCAAGAACGUACCAACUGCUGCAUUCAGAAAAUAAUAAUCUUUUAGGACAAGCGGCAUCACCUAAUAUAAAACAUAGUCAGGUGGCAUGGGUAUCUCCUUCUCAGGUUGAAACAAAAAGUGCCUCUGGAAAUGAAAAUAAACAAACUGAUGAACAAUUUCAGCCCCAUUAUGCAUCAGGCGUAUCGACAUGGUCAGGUAGUAGCACUCAGGGCCAAAUACCCACAUCUCUGGUUAACACAAAUAUUCAUUCGUACAGUUCAGGAGGUACCAUGUCAGUAACUAUGCCUGCCUCCUCCCCUGCAACUUUGCCUUCUAGAUUUCCACCAAAUUCUUCAAUAUACACACUAGCUGGCUCCAAGCUUGAUGCUACAGACAUGGCAAGAACAAACAGUGGUCAACUGCAAAAGGAUUUGACAAGUGCUGCUGCUAUAAAUGUAAAUAUGAAUAAUGAUGCAACUUAUCUAAAUAUAAUGAGCUCCACAUAUCCUCAAACUGAUUCUCAGGAUUACAGAAACAUCAUAUCAAAACAAGUUCAAAUGUAUAACUACCUGUCACAGACAGAUGGGUCAAGUACAGGUAUUCUUCAAACAGACAUUAGAGAACAGUUAGCCACUGAUAAGCAAAUGAGCAAACAAUCUUUGGCAUUCCAAAAGGAUUCAGUACCUGGAUCUCUGGGGGUUCAUUUUUUGACACAUCAGAAUACACAGAAUUACUACAAACAAUGGAUUAAUGAUAAUGCUUUAAAAGGUGCUGCACCUUCUUUUACUGGAAAAAGCAAUUUUCCUGUUAGCAGGCCCCCAUCUCCAGUUUCUAGUACAGCCACUGUGACAGCGCAGAGUCAUGCAGCAGCUGUCCAGACUGGGCCACAGCCAGUCUCUUUUGUGGGAGAAACUGAAAUAAUCAGAAAAACUAACACCAGAAGCAACAGAAAUACUUUAUAUGAUGUUGCCAAGGAACACAAAGACAACGAUCUGCUUUUAGAUGAAGAUUCUGAAUACAUGCGCCCACUGAGAGGAAUCCUUAAGCAAACUCAUGCCAGAAACAUACCUCACCAUCAGGAAAAAGCUCCAACAGGCAAGCCUCCUGUCAGGGAUAGUCUGGAACUAGCACAUUUGCAUAAUGAUAAAAAGAGCAAGAAAAAAAGUGUGCGCUUUGCUAGCCACCGUGAUCAAGAGGAUGAAAAUGAAAGCAUUGAAGACAGAAAUAGCGACAAGCAGACUGAUAUAAAUAUUGGACUAUCAACACACAAAACUUCCUUUAACCGGCCACUAUCAGCUAAAACUAUGUCUGCAAGCAACUCUGAGACAAAUAUCAGAGUUCAGAGAGCACUAAGUGCUGAUUCAAACAGACAGCAACCAAUGACGUCAGAGCAUUUACAGAUUCGAAAUGUCCAACAACUGUCCAGUGGUUCUGGCCCUGUGAACUCCAGUGAGGUCACCAAUUCCGCCUAUACCAACACACUCCAGGAAAGAUCCAGUCUUCCACCAUCUCUUGUUAACCCUAUGAACUCAACACCUAUUCAUCGCCCUAAAGCAGCAGCUCAUAUUAUCAUGGGUACAGAUGUGAAAAGUGAAGCUUCCAAAGGACACAACGACAAUUACACUGGGCCAGCAUCUGCUCAUAGAUCUCAUACAGAGACUAAAAUUAAACCAGUUAACAACAAUUUUAUGUCCAAAGUGCCAGUGAAGAUUACUGCAAACAAAGAGUCAAACAUAGUAGUCUACAAUGCUGCUUAUACGCCACAUACUGAAGUUCCAAGCAGUUAUACAAAUAAAACUGGAGCAAAUGCGGCUGCUGAAGAAAGGGUGUUCCAGGUUUCAAAGGAACUGCCACAGCAGCAGACUUUUGACAAGCCCAGAAAUGUUUACUCCAAUUCAAAGCAUGUCUUUUUCUCUAACUCAAGUGCAACAGGCAGUGCAUUACCUGCCUCCAAAAAAGUUCCAUAUCCACAAUCUAAUGGAGGCACUGCAUCAUUUUCCACCGGCAGUAACAAUGUUGUAUAUGAUAAAAGUGGAAUUCGAGUUGAUCGAACACCUACAGAUGAGGAGAUCACUUGGCUUUGGGAUAAGGUACGGAACUGCCUCAGCAGAGAAGUUGGAAACAAAAGUAGCCCUGCUGCCAAUGGCAGCAGUGAUCCAGGUUCAAGACAGCCCCCUACAUUUUCAACGAAACUUAUAGAUGGUGCCGCUUUAGGACUUGGCACAUACAAUAGUGCUUCUGAUGGCAGUACUAAUGUCAAGCCAGGACCAGGAGUCUUCCAGCCACAGAUUGUCCCUGUGGCUAAUCCUCAGAAUGGUAUUAAAGCAGUUUUACAACCACAAGGCAGCUAUUUAAGAAGAUACAGCCUUUUGAAGCAACGACGAGCCAACUCUGCCUCAGCUGUCAGGAACAAUACUGGCUGUGAAGGUCAGAGGGCAACUGGUGCAGUGUAUGGAAGAAAUUCCACUAUACCAUUACAGCAGAUGUCAUCUCUUGCAGGUCAGCAUCAGCAGCAGGAUAAACCAACGCCAAUCAUGUUUGGAUACAAACCUCAGGACGAGGUUUCAGAGAGCACAGCUGCAUUUGUAAUAGCAGAAAGAUUGGCCAAACAAUCCCUCAGUGACAGCCAAAUUCAGAUGGCUAUGGAGGAUGCUCGCAGCAAGCAAGAAGCAUUUAACAGGUCAAGGAUGAUCAUGACAAAAAAUGGACAUUCAGCUUUAUCAAUUGAAGAACAGAAACUGUUGGAGUCAUUGGACAGACUGAAUGAAAAACUGAAAG